CGAUUGACCUUGCAGACUAAAACUUUAACCUCUAAUUCACCGCGCAGAUACCAUACCAUAAUAAUUUCUUAGUAGUUCGAGCAUCAUGUUCUCGCGACUCUUCGGCAAGCGAACGAAGUCCUCCGCGGAGGAGAAACAGCAGCCUCAAACAACAGCGACGCAUACCGUCGAGGUAAAAUGGGAUAAUUGGUCGCGCCCAGGAGAAAAAGAUGUCCGCUCCCCCUGCCCAGCUAUCAACUCACUUGCAAACCACAACAUCUUGCCGCACAGCGGUAAAAACAUCACCAAAGCCAUGGCCGUCGAAGCCCUCACCAAAGCUUUCAACAUCGAUCCCAAGAUCGCAAAUGUCUUCGCGGCCUCCGGCAUCUUCGCGAACCCACACCACGAUGCAACCACCUUUGAUCUGAACAUGGUGACCAAGCACAACUACAUCGAGCACGACGCCUCGCUGUCCCGCGACGACGCUGCCUUUGGCGGCGGCGAAAAGUUCGACCAGGCUGCGUUUGACAUGGUGCUGAAGACGUACCGCGAGGCGCAUCCGGGGAAGAGCGACGAGGACAUUGCGACGGACUGGGUUACGGCGGGGCAUGCGCGGUGGGCCCGGGUGCUGGCGAGUAAGGAGAAACAUGACGUCGCGGAGAAGACAUGGAUCUACGGAAUUAAGGAGGCGAUUAUGAGUUAUGGGGAGACGUCGUUGUAUCUGAACUUGCUGGGGAAGGAUGGCGUUGCGCCGUUGAAAUGGGUCAGGAUCUUCUUUGAACAGGAACGGCUACCUUAUGCAGAGGGGUGGAGACCGCCCGUGAAAUUCGACCAGGCUGAUCUAAAUCAUGGGUACGCGGAGAUGAUGAAGGGUGGGGAGCAUGGGGCUGAGGAGGCCAAGUUGGUUGGGAUAGGCACGCUGGUAGGACUGAAGGCGGCGAUUUUGAGUCUGGGGGCCGGAUUUAUCAAAGCACCAACGGCGCACUCGUAGAGCCGGGCGAGUAACGUGUUGUCCUGGAAUGGCUUCCUGGAUCGCUGCUACUGCAUUUGCGAUAUACCAAGUACAAUCA